AGUGGGUACUUUAGCGUUGCUGAACAGGAAAAAGCUAGCAGACGGUCUGUACGUCUGUGGAUUUUCACCACUCCUUCAAUUGAAACGGCAAUACCAGGAGCCAAGACUCGGCGGUAAGACUACCCGUACGAACUGCAAUAGUUGGACAGGAUGACGGCCAUGGGCACAGGCAUCGCGUGGAUCCCAAUUAUUUUUGCUUUAGCAACUUCCUUCUUAUAUUAUCUUUCAACACAUUUACCAGAGCUACCAGCAGACUCCAAGGGGGAUGAAAUCAAAUUUCCCAGCAACAUUGAAGAACUAACUAGUUUGGCUGCAACCCUUCAGGCUUACAAAGUAAAACACAUAGGCCUGGUUUUAUUAUUAUUUUGCAGUGCAUAUUUAUACAAACAGACAUUUGCCAUUCCAGGAUCAGUUUUCAUGAAUCUCUUAGCAGGUGCUUUAUUUGGAAUCUGGCCUGGGUUUCCUCUUACAUGUAUAUUGACUGCCUGCGGAGCAACAUUCUGCUUUCUUUUAUCCAAAACAUUUGGAAAGGCCUAUGUUAUACACUACUUCCCAGACAAAGUAGCUAAACUACAGCACAUGGUAGAAGAAAAUAUGGAAAGUCUAUUUUUCUUCCUGCUGUUUCUAAGAUUAUUUCCAAUGUCUCCCAAUUGGUUCCUGAAUAUAACAUCUCCCAUUCUGAAUAUUCCAAUCCAUCUAUUUUUCCUGUCAGUUUUAAUAGGUCUGAUGCCUUACAAUUUCCUUUGUGUUCAGACUGGCUGCAUACUUUCACAGAUCAAUAAUGUAGGAGACAUGCUCACAUAUGGAACCCUUUUAAAACUGGCUGCUAUGGCAUUAGUGGCACUUUUACCAGGAGUGUUAUUAAAAAAGUACCACACUCCCAAGAUACCAAAUAACACUGUAAAGAGGUAGCCACAUAUAAUUUAAUGGAUCUCUUGGUUCAUAAUUUUUUGGGUGUACAUUUAUUAGAGGUGUUUCCUAUUUUUGAAGUCAUUCACCUUAUUCCCUAUACCUUAUAAACUGUGAUAUGUACGCUAGAUUUGUUUUAAAAAGUAAAACAGUUUAAGCAGUGCUAGAGUAAUUAGUUACAGAACUUAAAUUUAUUGUGUUUAAGUAGACAUGC